CAAAAUUAAAAAGCAUUUCGUUCAUGUAUGAUGACAUUAAGUCACUGAAUAAGUCACUUGAACUGAUAUUCGGCUGGAGAAUACUACUAUUGUCCAUAAACGCUGGAUUUAUAAUCUUGAGCUGUUCUAACACCAUAAUUUUAAAAGUUUCCUUGAAUCUAGAACAAUUGGUAAUUGACACAUCCAGUGUGAUUAACGGGAUAUUAUCUAUAGUUGCCCCAAUUUGGAUAAUGCAAGUCUGCGAUUCGACAGAAAACGAAUGUCAAAACCUGAUUGACACUUUGUUGAAGCUUGCAAAGCAAUUUCCUCAAAACUCAAACGAGAAAAAGGAACUUCAGGACUUUAGUAAUGAUGUAGUAAACAGGAAAAUUAAAUUUACUGCGGCACGAUUUUUUAAUGAACGUCCCUGACAUAUUUUGGAUGUUCUGAGGACGUACUAAGGAGGUCCCAUGUUACUCAAUAGAUCAG